UAGGAUCGCUUAUGCUUCGCUACACACCAGUUCUGUUGCUUAUCUUCUGUCUUGCUAUUCCGAGCUGUCAAUGGGUACUAGAGGGUCCAACCUCAGACAUACCGGUUUCAAAUAUUAGGCGCUCUCACGAGGCUCGAUUGCUACACGAAAAACUUCUUAACGCUUUCAGGGUUAUGGAUCCGAAUAUCGCGGACGCUACGGUAGAACGAAUCCACCGCUACUACAGAAGCAUCUGAAGCU